AUGGGUGGAAAUCAAGCCGUUCUUGACAUGGCCAACGAAUAUAUUAGGAAUAAAAAUCUUCGAUUUGCAGCUACACUUUUGGAUAAACUCGUAUUUAAAACUCAGAGUUCGGUUGAAAAGGAUAGUGAUAUUGCAAAGCAAGCAAUGGCAACGCUGGCAUCUGUAUACAAUACUCUAGGAUGGGGCUCCGAAAACGCCACCUGGCGUAAUUUCUAUUCAACGGGUGCUUAUGAAUUGCAGUUUGGGUCGCAGAAAGUGGAUCUUGCCAUGUCACCUGAAGCAUUGUUGAACUUGAGUUUCGACGAGCUAUUCGACACAAUCGCCAUCAAGAUUGAAGGAUCCGCCGCUUUCAAGAAACCCGAAGUGUAUUUAAAGAAAGAAAUCACCAUCGAUUUCAUGGUUUCCGAUAUCCAACAAAAUAAUAAGCCGAGCGCCGGUUGGCACUUGAGAUUGAGUAAUGCUGCCAUAACGGGCCAUGCCAUUCCAUACGUAGUUUCUUCGGAGAAGCCAAAUCCGGGCAGUGAUUUGACUAUCUGGUUAGAUCAUGUCAAUCUCGCAAGGUUAGUUGGAGCAACGGCUCUGGGAAGAAAUCCAGUUAUCGUGGAUAACCCAUAUAUCGCCCUCAGCACUGCUGGAGACGUAGAUGCUUGGACUAAGAUCACAGCCUUGAUCAAAUUGCCGACUGCUGAUUUCAAUAUUGUUACGCCUUGA